AUGAAGUUGGCAUCAUGCAAAAAACUAACGACAGUGUUUUAUGAAGGGUAUCUCUUACCAAACUCGAAUAAUGUUACAAACUUCUUAUCCAACUUCCCCUUCCUUGAAAAUUUGGUUUUGCAUCCUGAUUGGCAUACUAUUAAAGGCGACAAUUUGAAGUUGUCAAAUCAUUCCCUGAAGACAUUGGAGUUACAUUCACGGUUUGAUUUGGAUGAAAUUGAGUUAAACACCCCCAAUUUGGGUUUAUUUGUUUACAUUGUUCAUCCCGCGUAUUCUUACCUUGGGAUGAGCCGUUUACCUCACUUGAAAGCAUCUAUGCGAUACUAUCCCUAUCACUCUAUAGAUUUCCAGAAGUUGAGGCUAUUUUUGGACAAAGAAAGUGGUUUCAAAGCUUUGAACUUGUAUAUAUGCACAGAUGAGAGGUCCAUGGUGUUAGAAAAGCUAAAUGCGAUUGAGUUGCCACGUUAUGAACUCGAGAAUAUUGAGCUACAUUUUGAUUAUGAAGAAUCACCAGGUGAUGAGGCUUUGGAUGCAGGACAUGAAGAAAAAUCAUCCUUUCAUGCGGCUUUUGUGGAUGCAGUACUUUGUUGUUUCCGUCCUCGAUCUCUAACCUUAAGAUCGUCAUCCUUUCCUUUAACCGAUUUUGAAGAACAAAGUGCUCUUGUCAAGAUUACUCAUGAGAAGCUAUUUGAACAAGAAAAUCAAGGCCAUACCAAUAUUGAGAUUGUGUCGCCUUACUCUUUGAAAGCACAAAGCAGUUUAGGGGCUUGAUGCCAUUGCCACAGCCACCACCUUGUGAAGAAAAAGCAAUUAGCUUUAUAAAGAAAGAAGG